AGAACGACGGACCCAUAACUGAGGGACUGUGCUUCCCACCCGGAAGAGGACUACAAACUGGACCGGACCAACCACGGAUACCCGGAGGUCUUUGCAGGAGAUAGGAAACCGCGCCUCGGCGGCAGGCAUGGAUCAAAACAGUGAAGGAAGCAUGAAGAAGACCAGCACUGUAAAUCUUGACAAACUUAUAGAUGAUUUCUCACAGAUAGAAAAGAAAAUGAUAGAAGUCACUGGAAAGAACAACCUUCUGGAUAUUCGGCUGGAAAAGACUAACAGUUUAUUAAAGAUAAUGCAAGCAAAAGAGACCUCAAUGAAGGAAGAAUGUAUUACUCUUCAUACUAUGAUAAAAGGGCUACAACAGACUGUUCAAUAUCAACACAAUUUGAAAGGUGAAAAUGAACAACUAAAAAGAAAUGUUGAUUUUAUGAAAGAGAAGUUAAAAUCUCAUGAGCAGGAAUACAAGAAUAAUAUUGCCAAACUUAUAAGUGAAAUGAAAAUCAAAGAGGAGGAACACAAAAUCGAAUUGAGCAAACUUUAUCAGGAUAUGCAGAAAAAAGUUGAAUUAAAUGAAGAAAAGCACAAAGAACUAAUGGCAAAGAAGGAGAUGGAAAUAUCAGAGUUAAAUGCAACGUUGAAAACUCAGGAGAAGGAAAAGAGAAAUGAAAUACUUAGACUACAUAUAGAAUUUGACACUAAACUAGCAAGAGCUCAGACUAAGUCAAAACCAUAUCCGGAAGCUACUAUUUUGCCGCAAAGUAUCUACAGAAGGGUUCAGCACCGCAGUGCCCCAAGAUAUCUGCUGGAUCUCUUGCCAGAAGCACACAUUCCAAUUCUGUGGCGGCCCAGACCAGUCGCCCCACACUCCAUUACACUUAAAUCUACACAUGAAGAACACACAACACAAUAACCUUAGAUCCAAUUGAUAAGAUAUAAUUGCCCACCUAAACAUACAAAGCCCAGUACCAUCCAUCCCUUAAGAACAUAUUAAUAGCAACCUGUAAAUACACAGAACAGAAUCUUAAUGUCUCCUGCCAUGGCUUCUCUCUCUCUCCCUCCUGUCUCUUCCUCUUUUCCAUUCCAGUCUUCUCCUCUUCCUUCAAACUUCUCUCCCGCCCAUCCUUCCUUCUCCUCCAA